CGCUUGCUUCGUUCUUAUUUAUCUAUCACUAUAAAUAUUUCUCUGCUCCCCUUCCACGCCCCGCCCUGUCUCUUAUUACUUGUACCCUGUCCCUCCCUCCCACACAACCUGACACCCACUUGCUUCUUCUUCCUCCUCCUCUUCCUGAUUUCUCCAAUUGGGGAUCGCAAUUUUGGUUUCUUGCAGCCUCUUCCUGCACAGCUAGCACAUAGAGAAAGAGAGAGAGAGAGAGAGCAUCGAUAGCAACACUGAUUAGGCUAGCUAGAUAGAUUAGCCUCUGCGGCUCUGGCCAUCACUACACAAGCUUGAUUGAUUAGGAUUAGGAUUAGGAGGAGACCGAAGCGAAGAUGAUGCGCGGGAAGGAUGAGAGGCCCGCGGCAUUCUCCCCGAUGAGGGAGUCGGUGGCGGCCGCGGUGCAGGAGGAGGUGUGGGAGGUCCGGCCGAGCGGCAUGCUGGUGCAGAAGCGCACCCCGGACUCGGACCCUCCCCCCGGCGGCGCGCCCGUCCCCACCAUCCGCGUGAAGGUCAAGUACGCCGGCGUGUACCACGAGGUGUACAUCAACUCCCAGGCCUCCUUCGGGGAGCUCAAGAAGCUCAUGUCCGAGAAGACGGGGCUGCACCCGGACGACCAGAAGGUGGUGUACAAGGACAGGGAGCGGGACUCCAAGGCCUUCCUCGACAUGGUCGGCGUCAAGGACCGCUCCAAGAUGACGCUGCUCGAGGACCCCACCGCCCAGGCCAAGCGCCUCAUCGAGGAGCGCCGGAAUGCCAAGGCCCAGCGCGCCGCCAAGGCCGUCUCACGCGUCAGCCUCGACGUCGACAAGCUCGCGUCCAAGGUGUCGGCGCUGGAGACGAUCGUUAGCAAGGGCGGCAAGGUGGUGGAGGCGGACCUGGUGACGCUCACCGAGGCGCUGAUGAGCGAGCUGCUCAAGCUGGACGCCAUCGUCGCGGACGGCGACGUCAAGGCCCAGCGCCGGAUCCAGGAGAAGCGGGUGCAGAAGAACGUGGAGACGCUGGACGCCAUCCGCGCCAAGAUGACCAAGACCAACAACACACCUGCUGCCACGCCCAACAAGGCCCGGGCGCCGCACCUGCCCCCUCGUCCGCCGCCGGCACAGCAGCAUCAGCAGCGCCGCCAGUUCCAGCCCGCUGCGCCCACCACGGCGACCGCCCCCGCGCCACAGACCGCGACGGCCAGCUGGGAUACGUUCGACCUGCUGUCCUCCGCGCCCUCUUCAUCGUCAUCGGCACCGGUGUCCACCAUGGCGCUCGCGACCACCACCUCGCCGUCCCCGAGGUUCGAGUGGGAGCUCUUCUAGACGUCCCUGCGGGAUGGGGCCACCCACCCGCCACAUGCGUGUACACGUUCAUUGGCUCGAUCAGCCUCAUCUCCGUCAACUGUCACAUUGUUCCCUUCUUCUCUCUCCAUCUUUCUUUUUUUCUUUUCGAGUGUAUAUUGAUCUCUUCAGAAAAAGGCAACAGCUCCAGUGAUAUGAUUGUGCUCCGAAAUCCACAUGAAGAAGAUACGCACACCCAUGAUCUCUAUGCAUCCGGUGUGGUGUGCUGUGCUGCAAAUAAGUGGUGGUGGCCUUAUGUUGAUGAAGGAAUUUCCACGCCAAAUUUGUGUAUAGUAUUGUACAGUGUACAUCAAACCAUCAAUUACCAUUACAUGUGCCUGUCUUA